CCACCAAGACCGGGUCGGAGGCGACUUCCUCUUUGCAGCUUACUUAAGGCUUCUACAGGGCGCGGCGCACCCCGGAGACAGAGCUGCGCGGCUGACAGCCAUGGGGGACAUCUUCAUCCGCCACAUAGCCCUACUGGGCUUCGAGAAGCGCUUUGUGCCCAGCCAGCACUACGUGUACAUGUUCCUGGUCAAGUGGCAGGACCUCUCGGAGAAGGUCGUUUACCGGCGAUUCACGGAGAUCUACGAGUUCCACAAGACGUUAAAAGAAAUGUUCCCCAUUGAGGCAGGAGAGAUUAACUCAGGUGACAGGAUUAUCCCACACCUCCCAGCUCCCAGGUGGUUUGAUGGGCGGCAGCGAGUAGCCGAGAGCCGCCAGGGCACGCUCACCGAGUACUGCAGCGCACUCAUGGGGCUGCCCACCAAGAUCUCGCGCUGUCCCCACCUGCUGGACUUCUUCAAGGUGCGCCCGGAAGACCUGCAGCUCCCUACUGACAGUCAGGCAAAGAAGCCGGAGACAUACUUGAUGCCCAAAGAUGGCAAGAGCCACAUGGCAGACAUCACGGGCCCCAUCAUCCUGCAGACCUACCGCGCCAUCGCCAACUAUGAGAAGAGAUCGGCCUCGGAGAUGGCGCUGGCCACGGGCGACGUGGUGGACAUCGUGGAGAAGAACGAAAGUGGCUGGUGGUUCUGCCAAAUGAAGACCAAGCGUGGCUGGGUCCCCGCAUCCUUCUUGGAGCCCCUGGACAGCCCUGAUGAGGCAGAGGACCCCGAGCCCAACUAUGCAGGUGAACCCUACGUCACUAUCAAAGCCUACACUGCUGCUGAGGAGGACGAGAUGACCCUGGCCCAGGGUGAAACCAUUGAGGUCAUUCAUAAGCUCCUGGACGGCUGGUGGGUGGUCAGGAAAGAUGACACCACCGGCUACUUUCCGUCCAUGUUCCUGCAGAAGACGGGGCAGGAGCUGACCCAGGCCCAGCGCCACAUCAAAGGCCGAGGGGCGCCACCCCGCAGGUCGUCCAUCCGCAACGCGCACAGCAUCCACCAACGCUCUCGGAAUCGCCUCAGCCAGGACACCUACCGCCGCAACAGCGUGCGCUUCCUGCAGCAGCGCCGCCGUCCCCUGCGGCCGGGCCAGCCCGGCGCCAGCAGCCAGCAGCGUGAGCCUCGGCGGGGCGGGGCCGGAGUGGACAUGGGGCGGGAGGCGCCCCAGCCGCAGGGUGCGAAGCCGCAGCCCGCGGUGCCCCCGCGCCCCAGCGCCGACCUCAUCCUGCACCGCUGCAGCGAGAGCACCAAGCGCAAGCUGGCGUCGACCGUGUGAGGCCGAGUGGCGCCGUUCCUGUGUAUAGUGUACAUAGCCUGAGGUCCGGAUGCCACGGGGAGAGCUCCCCACCGCCGCCCACUCGACAGGGCCACCUCCUCCAGGAAGCUGGCUGGAAUGGGACAGGGUCUCCGGGGAGACGGAGGUGGGCUGGGCUCUGCCCGCGGGGUAUUUCUAGAAUGAGGACAGAGGUCUGUGGACUUGCCUGGAAGGAAGUUGCAAAUUCUUUGAGGCGCCUGCUGCCCAGCCAGUCUUGAUCAACAGCAAGUUUUGCAAGGGCAGGAGGAACUAUAGUUCCUCUCCUCCCCACACCCCAUCACCCUGACUGCUUAUCUCGACGGAGGCCACUGCACAAACUCUGGUCCUGAAGCUGGGUGCAGGAGGAGGACUCGUGACAGAUGGGCCUCGGGGGCAGGGUGGGGCAUGCACACCCAUCUUUGUAUAAGAAGGGUCGUGGUGCGGUCCUGUGAUGACUCCCAGAGGCGCCCCCACUCCAGGCGAGAGGCUGUGGCUCAAAGCCCACAUCCUUUACAGCUUUUCCCUAUUCUGCUGCUAGCCCCAGGAGGAGCCUGUCUGUAAACACAGGAGUUCCCCGGGUGCAAAGAGGGGCUGAGCGUCUUGUUUCGAGUGACUGCUCAGGAAGACGGUAGCCAGGGGCUGUGUGAGGAUGGACAAGGCUGGUUUUCCAAUGGCCAGCGAACAAACAGGUGCUUCUCAAGAAAAGAGUCCGGCCCCAGAAGAAUUGAGUGAGAUUGGGGUUGA